CGACUUGAUCGGCGAUCAUCAGCUCGCAUACAUUCGUGUCGUCAGAGGAACACAGCCACAGGAGCCUUAAAUCUCGACGGCCGACCGGGUCACACGCAUAGUUUCUGGACCGAACGGGUUGCGUUUGCGUGUAUACGUUUCUUUUGUGGAUUUUUAAUUUUUAUUUUUAAAAGGAUGUCUCGCUCGAGUAUUUUACCUGACGAGGCGGUGUUUGCUGACUUCAAACAGCAGUGUUUAUCGACGGACAAUUGGUUGAGAAAGUAUGAUAAAGAUGACAUGCAAGUGUGGGUCGAACAACCUCCUGCAACAAAAGGAAAUCACGUGCCUAAAAUCCAUAAAAUCAAGUGUAAAAUGACAAUCAAAAAUGUGUCAGCCGCCACCAUGUUCGACGUCCUUCACGACGCCCAGUACCGUAAGAAGUGGGACCCCACCGUGAGCGAGAGCUUUGACAUUGCCCGGCUGUCUGCUAACGCUGAUGUGGGCUACUACUCAUGGAUUUGUCCAAAGCCAAUAAAGAACAGAGAUGUGGUGACGCUGCGUUCGUGGCAGGUGACGGAUGAUGAGUACAUUAUCGUGAAUUUCUCAGUCAAACACCCGAAAUACCCUCCUCGCAGUGACCUUGUGAGGGCCAUUUCCAUCCUCACUGGAUAUUUCAUCAAGCCCACAGGACCAAAUAGCUGCACUUUCAUAUACCUUUCACAAGCUGACCCCAAAGGUUCUCUUCCCAAGUGGGUGGUAAACAAAGCAUCUCAGGUUCUCGCUCCCCGGGUGAUGAGGUGUGUGCACAAGGCGGGACAGAACUACCCAGAGUGGAAACAGCAGAACUCUCCUGACCAGAAGCCCUGGUUGUACCCGGAGCAGAACACCCUUCCCAUGAUGGACCCGGCCGAACUGUCGAUACAGAGAGCGGACUCGCUGGAAAACGUGGACGAGAGUUCCACAGUGGAGGUUCAGGACUGCUACGACAGUUCAUAAAUCACAAAGCGACGGCGGGAAGGGGUGACAAAGGAGGUAGAGGGGUGGGGGGGCUGUAGAUACAAUGACUUGAGACCUCCAACUCUGUGAUAUUGCCCUGACCCUCCUGGUUUCCAAAUCAGUGUGCCUUUUGGGAUGAGCAAGAGUAUGAAGUGUUUACAGUUGUCUUACCAGAUGGAAAUGAGCACAGAUCAAGUUGCCAUUCACCUCAGUGUAUGUUGAAGUAAGCUAAGCUAAUCUCUCCAGUGUUCACCAUGGUGUAACUUCUUUACAGUGGUUCUCUACAGGGUUAGAGGUGUUGGGGUUUGAAUGUGGAUUAGCUACAGCACCACAUUUACAAUGGCUCCUGUGUCAGGCCUUGAUAAGUUGCAGCUAUAUAACAUACACAUGAACAGUUUUUUUUAAAUAAGAGGAAAUUAAGUAUCAUCGUCCACUAGUGGACUGAAUGGAGAUAAGAUCAGGUGGUCAUCAGUGGUGGAAUUAGAGUGAAGUGAAAUUUCUGAUGCCAGUUACCCCUUGAAACGUGGUAUAAACUAUUGAAGCUUAACCUUUUUUGUUGAUCAGGUCAAAAAUGUUUGGAUCCUGAACUGAACACACUUAAUAUAGUCACUAUUAUUUUGUUAAAUCACAUUACUAGGGUUGGACAGGUUUCAUGUUAAUAAGAUAACAUGAAACAUAUCACGGUGAAAGGUUCUGGGUUUGUGCAGCAGCUCUCGGUAUUGACCUCAAAUCUGUUUUUCAGAAAUAUAAUUUUUUUUAGCUUAAUCCAAAACAAAAAAAAAAUUCACUUCACUUUUACUACGUUUGCUACUGAUUUUCUUUUUAAAUGUGAAUUUUAUUUAGUCAGGAUUAGUGAGUAACUGUGCUGUAUUUCUGUCUUUUAUAUGUAAUACAGGAAGACUAUUUGAAGGUUCACUGUAUUUAUUGAGCUGUGCAAUCAAAGUGUAUGCAUUGUAAUUCUUAUAGAAGUUAUACAGACUGUAGACUUGCAAUGGCACUGGAGGAAAAUUAGGUUGUGUAAAACGUAAAAUGUACAUAGCAAAUUUGCAUUUUGUCAGUUGAAUAUCACUUUACCUGAAGGAUUGCAAAGAUCAUAAAGGAUAUCUUUUAUUUUUAUUUUAUUUAUUGAAGUUAUUGUAACCUCAGAUGAAGUCAUGUUGGAGAAACGAUGUUGGAAUGAAGCCCUGCAGGCUGAGAUCAUCAGGCUUUUCUUAUGAUGUUUGAUGUACAAUGUUAUAUAGUCUUGACUUUUUACAAAAUAGUAAAAUUCACAAGGUUAACAUGCUUUGGUAA